AUGUCGCCUGUGUCGGCAGCAGAGGCUGCGGCAGCGGCAGCAGCGACCGCCGCGGCAGCUGGAUCUGUUAGCGUGGCUACGGACUCUAAUGGUGCUGGUCGCUAUCGUCACUCGGAUAUGGGCAAGUUGGGCCACGGUCACGGAUUUCGUGGCACUAGUCAGGGCCAGAAUCACAUCAUGCUUCCUAACACCAAUACUACCAGUGGUAAUAGUAAUAAUGGUAGUGGUGGUAAUGGAGCUGACAGUAGUGGGAAUGGAUCAACUGGACUCGUUGAUGGUCCGGCGCCUGUAAAGUACGGGAAUUCAGCUCCACUGCCUACUCUUAACUCGAAUCUUCUCAAAUCGCUUACUUCAGUCCAUCUUCCACCUCCCCCUUCCAGCUCGCGACACGGUUUGCAUCUUCAAUCUCAACACAAUAACACCGGUAAUAGUAAUAAUUCUAACAGUAUUCACAAUUCGCGUCUUAUGACCCCGUAUCAAGGCAAGAACGAUCACAUGGUUCUUCAGGACGUUACAGGCAUGGCUCUUAAUACACCACCACAAUCUCAGAAUAGAGCAGCUGGCUCUGCCAAUAAUGCCAAUAGUUUCAUGGCCAACACUCCUCUUGGAAAUAGAAAGGGUACUAGUAAUGAAAAUACCAGCAAUAACGGAAAUAAUAAUGGCGGUGCCAAUGGCGGUCUUAGGCCCAGGUCUGGCUCGUUUGGUUACAUGUCAGGAAGUCAUGCUACUCAUGGACGUAAUGGCAGUGAUAAAGAGAAUAUCAGCGUGUUUGCCAGUCAUAUGAUGUCACCAGCUGCUUCUUCGCCUUUGUACGAAAGAAAAUUCGACUCCUCCAACACUAAUGGUUCUUUAAAUUAUCGUAAUGCCUUCAAUCCCAAACCUUCUCCAUCGUCAGCAUCAUUAGGACAGUUUAAUGAACUGCCUCCGCCACCACCUAAUCUCGAUCGAACAGCGCUAGGUCCCUCGGUGAAGAAACACUCGUCUCAUAAUAUAUCAGGUUCACCUGUCUACCAAACAUCUUCCACUUCGUAUGAUUAUUCGCAUGCCAUCACCACUGCUACAGCCAACUCGGCUAUUCCUAGUCUGUCGGAUGAACCAUUUGUAAUUCCCGAACCCAAAGAUAUGCCUCCAAUUAUUGACGACGGCACUAAACCUCCGUAUUCAUAUGCCACUUUAAUCGGGAUGGCCAUUCUACGUGCUCAUGACCGCAAACUCACGCUUUCUCAGAUCUACAAGUGGAUCAUUGACACUUUUCAGUACUAUAAAAACGCCAAAGGUGGCUGGCAGAACUCGAUUCGUCAUAAUCUCAGUUUAAACAAAGCAUUCGAAAAGCAAGAACGUCCUGCUUCUGACCCUGGAAAGGGUAAUUACUGGACGGUCGUACCAGGAUGUGAAGCUCAGUUCAUCAAAGGCAAAAUAAACACCAAACGAAGCCAUACACAUAUUGGCGUAAUGACCAGCUCUCUCAUGCUGGGUGAUGUAGUCAUGCCUUCAGGAUCGUUUUCUGGAGAUAUGUUGGGUUCAUUCAACGGGGUUUACGGUGAUACUAGACUCCGAGCAUUACCCAUGACAACUAGUUCCAGCCAUGGCAGUGGCAUCAGUAUCAGCAAGACCACCAGCAGUUCCACCGUCAUCUCCAGCAGUGUUAAAGACGGUAACGGCAACGGCAGUGAUAGUAAACUGCCACUUGUAACCAUGUCGACUAUUUCUGGUGGACAAAAUAGGAACAGUUCUUUGCCACUUGCUUUAUCCAGUUACACCCACACUAUGGAUACAUUGACAGCGGGUCGACUUCCUGAUACUGUUGUUGAACCACUUUCUGUGAAGAACGGAUCUAAAGUUCCAGGUAUUAAGACACGGGAAAGUAGCAGCACUGAUGUAGAGCCAGAUUCGGACGACGAAGAUAACCAAAGCCUUAGCGGCGGCGAUCGUAAAGGCGACCAUGAUGACAUUGAUGACCGAACAGACGUUGACAGCGUCGAAGCUGAUCGCAAUAGCGACGAUGAUGAUGAUGAUAUCAACGAAGACAACAAUAAUGACUCUAAUUACACAGUAGUGCGCUCUACUCACUCUAGAACAGCUUCAGCUAGUACCUCGACAGCCACUUCUAUGAGUGAAAGCGGUCUGACUGAAAGUGCUACUACUGCUACCUCACUUAGCGCUAUGUCGUCAAGUUCAGGAUCAACCUCGAGACCAUCUCCUCAACGAUCGAUUUUCAGCCCUGAGAACAUUCGCCUCAAAAUAACUGCUUCUGGACGGUCAGAAAUCGGGUUCGAUGUGAACCCUGGUGCCAUUCCAUCGCCAUUAAAACGUUCCAGCACAGUCAUUGGCUUACAGCAUUUCUCAAGCACCAAUGUCUAUGCCGAAUCACCUGUUCGCAAGAGACGCAUCAGUGGGCUGUAUUUCGACCAUGAUGAGUCUCUCGACUCUAACAGUUCCAGUGCAAAUUCUAGUAGUGGAAAUCCUGUCAAAAAGAGAAAGCUGGGUUUGCUUGACCACGACGAUAUUCCUCUACUAGCAGCCCCAUCUGGUCCAUGGUUGCCAUAUAAGAGCUCUCCUGAUGACAAUCAAUUGGCUCAUCUUCAUAAUCACACAUUAGUAAGCGCUUCGCCGAAUGGCGGUCAUCUUUUUCAGCAACAGUUGCUGCAAGCAGCUUCUGUAGGAGGCAACAACACUUCUAUCUCUGGCAACGGUCCCGGCAUGUCCAAAGUACCCAUAACACCAUUGCGAAGCAAGUCUGUAGCACUUGGUGAUUUAAAGUCGUCGACAUUGCUGCCACCACCUUCACCCAAUCAUAGCUCAUUCUCGCCAUCGUCGAACGCGAUUCUCGGUGCAUCGGGGUCUGGAUCUGCCACUCGCCGUGCUCUUUUCAAGACAUUUGCAUCGCCCUCAAGAACGUUUGAAGACCUCAUGGCAUCUCCCAGCGGGUUCAGUCUGAGGUACCACAACCCGCCAUUCUUUGACGAUGACGACGUCAUCUCGCGAGCUUGUUUCGGGUCCCCUGACAAGCGCGAGGCCAAACGAAGACAGUACUACGAACACUCUGGCGUCACUGGAUUCUCCAUAGACUCUCUAGAGAGCGUUACCGACGUCUUCGGUGUGGACAUUUGUCAAGUAGUGCGACGAGCUGUAGAAGCCAACGACUCAAAAGACAACGAGCAACUGUUCGACCAUGAUGACGACGAAACCGUCAAAAUGAGCUCUUCGUCGUCUGGCUCCUUCUCGCCCAAACGGACUCCACUACGCCGCCGUGAGACGGCUCCCUCCGAGUUUCUGACUUUUGACUCUCCCAUCAAGACUGAGACCUCCUUCUCCCCCAAAUACUCCGGCCGCUAG